AUGAUGAAGCUUUUGGCUCCCCUGUUGGAGGAGGUUGGAGAAAUGGAGAAGCCAUUAUCAGAGGAGGCUAUUGCCUUUUCUACAAGCUCAAGAAGGCGGAUACAGCUUUUUCUUGCGGGACUAAAAAAGUACCCUGGAAGCGACUGGAGGAGCAUAAGCAGGCACUGUGUCAAGACCCGGACACCGAGCCAAGUGGCAAGCCAUGCUCAAAAGUACUAUGAGCGCCAAAAUUCCAGGAAAGAAAAGGUCAAGAGUAGGUAUAGCAUCCAUGACAUGGAGUUGUCUGAGAGUGAGCUCAAUGAGCUCGAGCAAUCUGGGGCCGUCCCGGGCGCAGCGGGCCGGUGCCCUGACCAAGUGGAGCAACCAAACUUGCCCCCCUCUACUACAAUGCUGCCCAGCUUCGAAUCACCCAAGUUCGAAGAGAAUGCCGGACAGAAUGUUGAACGGAUGCCCAUGCCCAUGCCCAUGCCCGCACCCACUUCGGCCAUCAUGGGGCAAUUGCCAAUAGGGCAUGCCGGAAUGCCCGCGCUCGCCUCGUACAUUGGGGGGCAAUUGCCUUCACCACUUAUCCAAAGCCACCGGCUUCAAAGGGAUUACAGUGGGCCACCUCGUUUUUUGCCAUCUUUUAGUUAUGGAGACUUACAUGAAAUGAUGAAAUUUGGGAGCUAA